CCGGAGGGAGGGUUCUUUCUUUCCAAGUCGGCCAAGCCCUUCUCCCUUCUUUCUCUCGCUCGCUCGCGGACGUAAGCAAGCGCUGGGAUAAAAGAGCCAUCCAUUCCCUUUCUUUGAGGGAAGAAAGCGUCGGCCUUGUGGCAAUGGCGGGGGUUGCUCUCCUGGUUGAUCUCUUGAAGAGAAGUCAGGGCUUCUCCGCCCAAUCCCUCCACUCCCACAGCUUGUUCUCCGCCACCGUCGCCGCCUCGGCCGCGGCCGCUUCCAUUGCGGCGGGGAGGCCUUUCGCCUCCCGCGCUAUUUUCGGUGAUGGAGGAUUAUUUUCGAUUGCUUAUUGUGAUGCUGGUGCAAGUGCAGCAUUGAACACUGAUUAUGUUCCUGAUCUUCACAGUGCUUCUAAAGAUACAUUUUAUCAUGAUUCAAUUAAGUACAGAACUAAAGAAUACCCUAUACAGCUAAAACCUCUUUUUUCGGCCUUUGGACUUAAGGCCCUUGGAAUGACAUCACUAAGGUCCUUUUUGUUGUUCUAUUUGCCCCUUUUGGAACCUCGCCCUCCUGUAGAAGAUGAUGAUGAUGAUGAUUUCCUACAAGAUGCGCCAGAAGAGAGGCCUAUAGAUUUGGUUACACCUUUCCAGAAUUCGGUGAAACAAAUUAUCCGUGAGACUUCUAUUGUAACGACUAGACGAGUGCUGGAAAGACUUGCUGUUCAGUAUGUUUCACCAAGAAUGGCAUGGAAACUUCUUAAAGACAUUCCUAAGUCAGCCAGGCGCAAAGCCAACAGAGGGAUGCCAUCUCUCUUGUAUUUCUACAGUGUCAGCAGAACAACUUUCAGAGGACAUUUGUUAGGCGUAGCUGCAUCAUGGCUUGUUCAGACCAUGGUUGAAAUUUACAGAUGCUUCAUCCGCAAGUCCAACAAUGGUAAUGAAGAGGUUGAUAUAAGGGCGAAAGUCAGACGUUUUAGGAAAAAGGUGUACGGAACUAUGGUCAAAUGUAGUGCAUCAUUAGUUUUUGCAUCAAUUGGUGCAGGGAUUGGUGCCCUUUUUCAUCCCUCAACUGGUCAAUGGAUUGGUUGUGCUCUUGGGGAUUUCGCAGGGCCUGUCAUUGUCGUUGUUUGUUUUGAGAAGCUUCAAAUGGAUAUAUGAGGUCACAAUAAUGAUAUCUGAUGUUUUGCAAGUGCCAGGUGCCUCCUACAGCUGUUUACUGGUUUGAAGUCUCCGAAUAUGCCGUUAAAUAGGUUUGAAGUCUCUGAAUAUGCCGUUAAAACGGCAGUCAGGUUAACAACAGCCGUCAGGGAACUAAGUGGUACUAGUUAAUAACAUUUGGCCCUCAUUUUUCAGUCAUCCAAGCUCAUGUCUUAGUUUACAAAACACGCUUAGGGAACAUCUGGACUGGAUAAAUUCAGAAGAACAACCAGCUGCACCAAAAUCAGGUGCCUAUCAUGUAUGGAAAAGUUUGAAUCUUGAUGAGCUACUGUUCUCCCUUUCUUAAUGCAGUAAUAAAUGCGCACUAUGGAUUUUUGGUUUCCUUUCUC